AAGCGAUGACCAGGAGUAAAACAUUUCAUGAAAAUGCUCAUAUAUAUAUAAGAAGUACGAGUACACAAGGUAAUGAGAAUAUAAAAAGGGUGUUUUCAAAUUGACGAAUAGUUCUGGUGGUUUUAAGAAAUAUACUGUUUAAUAAGACUGAAUGUCUACAAUGUCACGUACGUUACAGAAAAUGAAAGUUUCAUCGUGUUUAUUGAGACAGUUGAUUUAAUAUUAAGCGAAACAGUAUUUGUGCGAUGGCAUUUUAAUGGAUUCUUAAUGAAACGACUAAUUUAGGUGUCUAUAGAAGUAUGAAGUAAUGUAUUCGAUCGUAUGAAGCAUUUCGCCUAUCGCAGUUAAUGAGAUCGUGAGCAAAGAAGUGAAACGACCGGUUUUAUAUUUAUUUGGAAUAAUUUACCACCAAAAAAUGUGUCUUUAUAUGUGAAAGACAUUCCUCACACAAAAAGCGGAAAACUGACCAAGAAUUGUUGAUGGUGGCCAAAAUCAUACAUGAAUGGAAAUGUUGAAUUGUGGUGGUUUUAUUGUUCUUUGAGACCUAUUCAAUAGUUGAUUAUUCAUAACUAGUCCACAGAGAAAAUUGCACAUAAAAACUAUUGGUGAAAAAUUGAAAGAUUUUAUCGGACUGGGACUAUAAAUAAGAAAUAACAAAUAUAACGUUCUGUGCUAAUUAGUUCUGUUUCGAUGGACAAAUUUCUCACUUCAAAACAAGGAAUAUUGGAUUUUGCUAGUCUUUUGUAGUAAGAUCGUUGAAAUAUUUUCAAUAAUUUACCUUAACACGGAAAAUGUGAAAUUUGAAGACUUUCGUUGGACGAAUGAGGGAAAAGGAAUAUUGUAAUCAUCGACCUUAUAUUAACACGUCAGAGUUGUCUGUCGUGAGAGCCACUUCCCGUACCAGCCACUAGCUAUGUCGGGGCGGCGGAAGAUGACGGAACGGGAGGUGAAAGCGAGGCUCCUCAACAAGAAGGAAGAACGCGUGCUCGAGAAGACGUUCGGAACGUUAAAUCUCGAGAUGGGCUUCACGUAUAACGUCCUGUCGCUGCGGGUACGAACCGUAAAAGCCAACUAUAAACGUCUACGCGAGAGGGCAGACAAACUUAAAUCUAACCUCAAGCCGGACGAAAUCACCAUGUUGCGGCAGUUGGAAGAAGAGGGAAAAUUUAAACCUACCUCCUCAUUUAACGUCAAUGCGGCGAUGAAGAUUGCCGCCGCCGCGCACCGUCUAAACAUGUACCCAGAGGGUAUUAAACGUUCGAAAACAAUGCUCUCCCCGCGGAGACAGAGUAGUGGUGAGAAAUUAACGACUAACAGAUCUAAUACUGACAUUAAUUUGACGAAGAAACGGAGCAAUUCUGUGACCGGCGUAUUUAUUGACGUUCCUCCGCCGGACAACUACGAGAGAAGAAAUUCUGUUGACCUCGGAAAACCACAGAUGGCCUCGAUCCGCCCGGUAAGCGCCGCUGUCACAUCGACGUUUGAGAAGGAAGAUAGCUCACUCGACGUCAAAAAGGCAGAAGUGGUUCGCCCAUCGACGUCAAACAUUCUUGAACGUGAACAGACAUCCAUGUCAAGAGUUUCGUUUAAAUCAACCGGGAAAAACUCAUCCAGUCAGGACUUCACUGCCUAUGAAGCUACCCCUCGUGAUAAAGGAAGAAAGAAAUCCGCCCAUGAUAAACUGCUGCUAAUAGACGUCACUGAUGAGUCGCUUGAUUCAGGCCGUCAGAAAAUAUUUGAGGACAGACGGCAUGAGUUAUUGCAAGACGAACAUCAAUUCGCAAAGGUGUUGGUUAAACGAAAGGAAGAUUUUCUCGAGAGAAUAGACACAUAUUUAGAAGAAAAUCCCCCUGUUCGAUUUCACACUCCUAUGCUAAGGGUUGACCUACCUCCUAUUGACGUCAACGUCGAUAGCGAUGACGAUGAUGUUAUGAAAUACAGUCGGCGACGCCGGCCAGGACGCACGUACGACAUAAAGAGGACGUACACGUCGGAGGAGGAGUACAAGCAGCAGGAGCGGGAGCUUUGGAAGGACAUGAACAAAACCCGCUACCUCCGCGUGCCGGACGAUAUGCUGGAUCUGUCAGGCGUCCAGACACUCGCCAAGGAUCAGCUCAAACUGUUCCGGAUCAUGCAGUCGCAGGAUUCAGCGCGGCUCGUUACCAAGGCUUGAUCACAGGGAAUGUGGGUUUUACGUAUGAACAAUUAAACAUAUAUGUGUGAUACAUGAGCGUGGCAUAUGUAUGAUACAUGUGUGUGACAUAUGUGUUGCAUAUGUGUGAUUUAUGUGUAAGGCAUAUGUGUGAUACAUGUAUGUGGCAUAUGUGUGAUACAUCUGUGCGGCUUAUAUGUUGAACAUAUGUGUUGCAUAUGUGUGAUUUAUGUGUAAGGCAUAUGUGUGAUACAUGUCUGUGGCAUAUGUGUGAUACAUCUGUGCGGCUUAUAUGUUGAACAUAUGUGUUGCAUAUGUGUGAUUUAUGUGUAAGGCAUAUGUGUAAUACAUGUCUGUGGCAUAUGUGUGAUACAUCUGUGCGGCUUAUAUGCUGAACAUGUGUGUGGCAUAUGUGUGAUACAUGUGUUGUGGCAUAUGUGUGAUACAUGUGUGUGGCAUAUGUGUGAUACAUCUGUGCGGCUUAUAUGUUGAACAUGUGUGUUGCAUAUGUGUGAUUUAUGUGUAAGGCAUAUGUGUGAUACAUGUGUGUGGCAUAUGUGUGAUAAAUCUGUGCGGCUUAUAUGUUGAACAUGUGUGUUGCAUAUGGGUGAUUUAUGUGUAAGGCAUAUGUGUGAUACAUGUCUGUGGCAUAUGUGUGAUACAUCUGUGCGGCUUAUAUGUUGAACAUGUGUGUGGCAAAUGUAUGAUACAUGUGUGUGGCAUAUGUGUGAUACAUGUGUGUGGCAUAUGUGUGAUACAUCUGUGCGGCUUAUAUGUUGAACAUGUGUGUGGCAAAUGUGUGAUACAUGUGUGUGGCAUAUGUGUGAUACAUGUGUGUGGCAUAUGUGUGAUACAUCUGUGCGGCUUAUAUGUUGAACAUGUGUGUGGCAAAUGUGUGAUACAUGUGUGUGGCAUAUGUGUGAUACAUGUCUGUGGCAUAUGUGUGAUACAUCUGUGCGGCUUAUAUGUUGAACAUGUGUGUGGCAAAUGUGUGAUACAUGUGUGUGGCAUAUGUGUGAUACAUGUGUGCGACUUAUAAUAAUGUUGUACAUGUGUGUGGCAUCUGUGUUACUUAUGGUUGUGUGGAAUAUACGUUAUACAUUUUACUGUGAAAAAUUAAACUGAUAAAGAGUAGAACUAUAAACAUAUAUGUUAUACAUGUGUGUUUAUUGCCACAAUACUAAUAAAACGAUAUGGGGUAGAACUCUAAAUACUAAA